CGACGAGUACAGGCAAAAUGGCGGACAAAAAUUUGCCAUGGGGGUUGAUAAACGACAAAAUAUCACCAGGAUCAGCGAAGACGAUAUCAGAGAGUAAACUGAAAGCUUUUGAAGUAGGGACGAUGAAUGUGGGUAAAAAGUCACUGUCCAAGCGAGAGCAGGAGGAGCUACGGAAGAAGCAAGAUGAGAAGGCAACAGCUGAAGUUUACAAGGAGUUUGUGGCAUCAUUUGAUGAUGUUGGGAAAUUGAACAAAACUUGGAUCAAGGGUGGAACUUUUAAUCCAGACAAAAAUUCAAAGGAGAGGGGAGGAGGUGGAGGAAAGGCAAAAGUCUACAAACCCACGUCUAAACUGGCGGAGCUGGCGUCGACUUUCCAGUCUGUGAAGGAGGCCAAGAAACAGGAUGACUACAUGGAUGAUUCUCAGAGACCG